UGCUCAUCAAAGGCAAAUCAGCAUUAGCAACGUCUCAAUAGAGGGCGGAAGGGCAAGCUUGGGCAAGCUUCAACCAGGUUGACUUCUUGUCAUAGGAAAGGAAGCGGCUAUCAUCAUGGCGAACAAAGGGCCUGCGAGCAAGGAUGGGCCGUCGCGCCAACGGAGAGGCCGGGGUUUUCAACAAAGCACCGACAGUGGAAAGCUUUAUUCCGAUGAUCCAGAAGGGCAGGCGAAACCCAUCAUCCAACCACCGCAGCAGGACUACCGCACCGCUGGCGUCGAUUACAGGGUCUCUGAGUACGAAACCGAGGGUCGGAGUCGGCCGAGCAAUUACAACAGCGGGGGCGCUUAUAGGGACAGCGGGAGGGGGGGGCGGGGUUCCGGUAGAAGGCCGAGGGACGGGAAUGCUGAAGGGGGGGUGGACGAGGGUGCACAUUUGCAGCAUAGUGAUGGGGGGGUCUUAGGGAGGGGCCCAAGAGGCAGGGGUCCCAGGGGAGGGGGAAGGAGUGAGUCUGCAAAUGCGGACUCGGCCAGUGGCGCCUUCCCCCCCAAAAGGGAGUUUGGCAGGAUCGCCUCGGUGAAAGAGUCGUUUGGGUUCAUCCAGUGCUACCAGCGGGGGAAUGCCGAGAUUUUCUUCCACGUCACGGGCCUGGACCAAGACGAAAACGAGGGCUCGGAAGCGACGGGUGGGGGUCGGAAACCGGACCUGACGAUGCUAGUCGAACCGGGCCAGGAAGUCGAGUUUGACUACGUGCCGGUGGACGAGAAGUCGGGCAAGCCGAUGGCACGGCGUGUGAAGGUGCUCCCCGCGGGGACUCUCGAGGAUGAUGUUAGCGAGGAGGUUUUGAAGGGCGUUGUGGACCGUGAGCUGCGGGGGGGGCAGCGGCGCAGGGAAGAAGCAUAUGGGGGGCGCAUCUUUGUCGCUGGGGAAGGAAACGAGAGCGAGGGGGAGUACUUUCCUUUCGGUGCGGGCGAUUUGGCAGAGCCGUCGACGAGGCUGCAGGCAGGCGACCAGGUUGAGUUUAGGACGUGCGUUUCAAAACGGACAGGGGGGGAGAAGAAGGCCGUGCAGAUCAAGCUCGUGUCGCGGGGGGAGCGGCGGGGGGCGCCGAAAGCGGACGGGCGGCCGCGCAAGGGGGGGGUGGUUGUGGUUUUGAAGGACACGUUUGGGUUUGUGAAGACGGAACCGGAGGGGAAGGUGUUCUUUCACUUUAGCCACAUUGAGGUGGGGCAUACGGAUGGGGCGAAGCGGUUGCAGGAGGACGAUCUGGUUGACUUUGUGCUUACAACCGACCCAAACACCGGCAAGCCGAUGGCGACCAGUGUUCGGCUGUUGCCAAAAACGGAGAGCAAGGAAGAGGUUUCGCAGGAGCGCCGUACGGGGGUGGUCUGCCGACAGCCCUCGCAGCGCAGGGACAAGCAGGUUGAAGCGGGGCUGGUGCACUAUCGUGACGACCAGGGGGCGUCUCAUUUGGCAACGUACGGGGCAACAGAGGGAGAGCCGUCGGUCAAGCCAGACCUAGGAGAUGAGGUUAGCUUUGGGGUUGCGCUGAACCCUCUGACGAGAGCGGAAAGGGCGGUGGACCUUGAAAUAGUCAAGCCCAUGGCAGAGCGGAGAGAGCUGGGCGUUGUGUCGCUUAUCAAGGACCACAAGUUUGGCUUCAUCCGGUCGUCCGACAGGAGCGAAGAUACCUUCUUCCACAUGUCGGAAGUUCAAAAGGACGAAAGCACGAGCGGCCUGCACAUAGGAGACGACGUUGAGUACACGGUGGUACACGAUUACCGGACGGGGAAGGAAAACGCCAUCGUCGUGAAGAAGGCGGCGAAGGGGUCUGCGGUCCUCUUUGAUGUGCUGCCGGAAAGAUUAAACGGCGUCUGCAUACGGCGAGUGAAAGAAGCGAAAGCAAGAGGCAUGGUGGAGUUCACGGCUGACGGCGAGAAGCGCUCCCUCGAGUUCUCGACCAACGACCUGCAGGAUCACCGGCUGACGCCGCGGGAAGGGGAGCAAGUCGAGUUCUCCAUCGCCGAAUCGCGCAAGGACAAGAAGCAGCAUGCGACGCAGAUCGCCAUGAAGGAGUUAACUGGGGUCAUCGACGGCAUGAAGGGCACGUACGGCUUCAUCCGCUACGGCCCCGACCUCACCGAGCGCGUCUUCUUCCACACCGCCGAAGUCCGCGGAAACGUCAAGCUCGAAAAAGGAGACCACGUGGCGAUGUACGUAGUGCAUAUGGAGAAGACGGGCGAGAUCGCCGCCAAGCGCGUGAGGCGGACCAAGGAGGCGGCCGAGGAGCCGAGCACGGCGCCGAUAACGGUCGCUGGUAACGGUUCGGAGGUGACCCCGCCCCCGAAGUCGAACAUCAAGUUUGAAGGCAGCUCGGCGGUGCGCAUUGCAAAGGGCCCCGACGGUUCCAGUGGGUUCGCCAAAGGCCGCGGGAAGCCUCUAGCCCCUCCAGCCGGCCCUGUCACGGGCCACCCCAUAAACCAGAUUGGCUCGCCAAGCAGUCCUGUCGAUGUUAGCGCAAAUGAGGAUGCUGCCCAAGACGGAGUUGAGAGUCUAGCUGGGAAGAGGAGGGACGAGGGUAGCGAGGUCGACGAGGAAGAAGAAGAGAAUGGAGAGGAUGUCUAGAUGCAGCUUUUAAAGUUGAGGACUACAUAGCAAGUGCUCGUGAGCCCGCUUUCCUCAACAAGGAGUCUUGGAAGGCAAUUUGCAGAGUCAUGUUGCACGGAUCUUGAUUAUAUUUGGCGGCAGUUGGGAGAUGAACGAUGUCGAGAGUCGAAAUAUAACAGUCCCGAGUCCGUUUCAAUCGAGUCAUUUGUGGAAGCUGUGGAGGAACCAGAUGUUAUCUUAAUUAGUCGGUGU